AUGAUGCUGAGCUUGGAAUGGGCAGUUACAACUCUGGAGAAAGCCCUUGGGGUCAUUGCAGAGAGCUUCCUGAAAUCAUCAGUUCAGGGUGCAAUGGCAGCCAAAAAACCCCAGUACAAUGCUAUGCAUGAAGGGAAAUUUGCUGCUUAUGAUGAAGAAAUUCAACAUCUCUAUGAGGAAAUGGAACAGCAAAUUAAAAAGGAGAAAGAGCAGUUUCUCUUGAAAGACACAGAGAGGUUUCAGUCCUACAGUCAAGAGCUGGAGUGCAAGCUCCUGUCAAAAGAACAAGAACUGGAACAAUUGGUUCAAAAACAGAAAAGGUUAGAGCAGCAGUGUACAGAACUUCUCAGUGGCAAAGAAGAAACCAAAGUAGAGAACACCAAGCUGAAGCUGACUAACCAGGAGCUGCUGAGAGAACUGGACAGAACGUCUCACGAACUAAGCCUGGCUCAACAACAGUUACAGGUGCUUCAGGAGGAGGCAUCAAGACUACAUGAGGAGAAGGAAAUGGAGGUCUACCGAGUGACAGAAACCUUACAGAGAGAGAAGUCAGGACUUCUGAAGCAGCUGGAUUUUUUAAGGGAGAGGAACAAACAUCUCAAAGAUGAACGUGACAUAUUUUUACAGAAAUGCAAAACAAGUGUUCCAAAAGCCAGCUGGAAGCAAAGAUCAGGGUCUGUCAUUGGGAAAUACAUAGAGGACAAGAUGCUGCCUAACAGCCAUGCAUUUGAAGAAGAUGAUGUUUUCAGUAACUCAAAGAGAAGGAAUUCUGCUGGACUGAAUGGAAUUCUCCCUGUAGAGCCUGAUGCUGGAGCCACUGGAGGAAUGCCUAAAGCAUCGCAUCUCCAAAGAAUAAUAUCAAUUGAGGAAGAUCACCUACCCCAGCUUCUUGACAGGCUGGUUGAUAAACAGGUGAACAGAUGGAUUGGAGAAGAUGAGAAUACUUCUUCUGAGGUGGAAAUGGAUAAGAAAAACACAGAACAAUCAAUGGAACACUCACCAUCAUCUUCUAGAGAGCAGCCUGUAGGGAAGAAAACAUUGUCAAAUGAGGAGAGAAUAAACUCUGUCCCAGACCGCUUAUUCAAGAUUAUUUUUGUGGGCAAUUCGAAUGUUGGAAAGACUUCAUUCUUAAGGCGAUUUUGUGAAGAUCGUUUUUUCCCAGGCACAGCUGCUACUAUAGGUGUGGAUUACAAUGUGAAAACCAUCACAGUAGAUCAUACCCAGGUAGCCCUGCAGCUCUGGGACACUGCUGGCCAGGAACGGUACCGAAGUAUUACCAAGCAGUUUUUCAGAAAAGCUGAUGGUGUCAUUGUGAUGUAUGAUAUAACAGCAAAAGACACAUUCACAGCUGUCAAGCAGUGGCUGAUAAGCAUUGAGGAGGCAACUGGGGAGAAUGUACCUGUGCUUUUGUUGGGUAAUAAAACUGAUAAUGAAAAGGAACGUGAAGUCCCUAUGGGAAUGGGAGAGCAUCUUGCUAAGGAUUACAAUUUAAUUUUCUAUGAAUGCAGUGCAUAUUCUGGGUACAAUACCAAAAAGUCUGUGCUUCACUUAGCUAGGAUUUUAAAGGAACAUGAAGAUAAAGUGAAAGAGAAAACCAUUGAACUUCAAUCUGAUAUGAAUAAAAAGUCGUGCUGUAUCAGGCCAUAA